UUCGACAUACUGGCGCCACGACCUGUCGGUUCUCGCCAUCCUGGCGCUCGGUCGUAAUUCGCUCACAAACUCGCGCACAGUCGGGCCUCGACAUCGUGUCGCUUUCCUCUCGUUCCGUCGUUGUCCUGCCGUCUCGUCUCCGUCUCAGCGAUUCACGUGAGGAGUUUGGGUUGGUGGUGUUGUCAUGGAGCGGUCUGCAUGGUUGCAUCCUGCGCUGGACUACCCAAGCUGCCAGUUCAAUCAAUACGGUGGAGUGAGCGGCCUUAGCGGUAUGGCUCCGGGAGCUUGGAGUGAGUGUGAGGACAGAGGAACGAGCAGCAGCAGCAACAACAGUCUGACAAGCCACUUGCCCAUGUCUCUGACUCAUUCAGCAUUCACUUCAGUUUCUGCUCGCACUCCUCAAGGGUAUCUGCACUCUCAGGGCAGUCUGGCGGCGGCGAAUUCUGCACGUUUUGUCUCGCCGUUUGCAAAGCCAAGCGUGGAAUCGACCCAGGGAGGGUACAAACCCCAUAUCUAUAAGCCAUGGAUGCAGGCAGCACCAGGUGUCCUUCCACCCUGCCAGUCGGCUGCUACGCCAUACAAUCUACAUCCGUGGCCCAACAGCUUCUCGCCGAGUCCCGCGUUUCGUCCUCCUCACACGACGGAAACGCCUCACUUGAACUCGUCAUUUCCUCCAUCACCUAAAGCGUCAACUGACGAGGACCGAUCUCCAUCUGUUCAGAGCCGCAGCGCACCGCAGUCGGCCAACGUUCCGGCAUGCUCCAACAGCGUCUUCAACUUUCCGUCGAGCAUGAUGUCUCCGAUGGAUGAGAAGCCAACAAGCGAGGGCCUGGAAACGGGUUCGCAAGGGAACGGGUUCAGACUCAAUCCGUUGCCGUUCAAUAACCGUCCUCCUGCAGGUUGCUACUACUCUGCUUCGCAGUCGACGCUUCCCACGCCUCCUCCUCUCUAUUUCAGUGCGGAUGCAGUCGCUUCUUCUCAGGGGGUGUUCCCUCCGCCACAUCCGAGCAGCUUCGUCUUGCAGGACGGUGGAGUGAUGAGACCGAAACCGCGUCCAAACCGCAAUAGCUGUGGCUUUAUUCCUUGUGUAGAUGGCCGGGAAUGCAUCAAUUGUGGCGCCUCACAGACGCCACUCUGGCGAAGAGAUGGCACAGGACAAUACCUUUGCAAUGCGUGUGGCCUGUAUUGCAAGAUGAAUGGCGCUAAUCGGCCUCUAGUGAAGCCCAAACGUCGCCUGUCUGCUACCAAGAGGCUGGGCACAAGCUGUGCAAAUUGUCAGACAACACAGACAACACUGUGGCGCAGAAACGAGAAGGGAGAACCGGUGUGCAAUGCGUGUGGCCUUUACUACAAGCUACACAAAGUCAACCGUCCUCUUAGCCUCAAGAAGGACUGCAUUCAGACUCGUAAUCGCAAACUCUCUUCAAAGAAGAAGAGUAGACCAAUGGAGUCGGCGGCAAACUCUUUUUCAGGCAUUCAUUCAUCCAUUUCACCGCUGACACAACCUGAAAUGAGUCACUACUCAUUGAGUGCGUCCGCCGCCGCAUCAAUGGCAGUCGCACAGUCGGCACUUCAACGUACAGGAACUCUUCCAUCCCUCCCUGUCACCAUCUCUUCUGACCUCUCAAGUGACCCGUUCGGAAAACUCGUCGCUCUCUCAAACAUAGCAAGACUGGAAGGUCCGACUCCGGCGGCUCUAGCCAACUGUGCUGCAUAAACAGUCGACUACUGAAUGGAUACACGGAUCAGACUUCAUUUGGGUUUCUAUAUAUUGAACUUACUAGCAAUGGGAUUGCAUGCUGACCUAACCCUUUUUUGUUGUGUUCCGUAGCUAGUCUAUACGGUUAUGCCCUUUCCAGGAUAGUCAGUUUUAUUCAUGCAGAUUCAGGCACCUUCCCGGUAGCUGCAGAAUCAUGUUUUGUACUCAGACUCGUCGUCGCUGAUGCAGAAUGCACCUGGCAGAACUUCGAUGCAGAUAUACGGAAGUAGCGCAGUUUCUAAGCCAUGUUUUAUACGGGUGUUCGUAAGUUAAUUAAAUCAUUGCUGUAUAUAAGUGAACAAGACUGUAAAAAC